UUCAGCAUUUUACUUCUAAGAGUAAUUACUUGUUUAAAAUUGAUCAAGGGAAAGUGGGAAUUCAACUUUAGUUCUGAUAGCUUCAAGCACAAUAGCAAAUGUAUUAAAGAGUGCGGACAGUCUUUCAGCAUUUUACUUCUAAGAGUAAUUACGUGUUUAAAAUUGAUCAAGGGAAAGUGGGAAAUCAACUUUAGUUCUGAUAGCCUCAAGCAAAAUAGCAAAUGUAUUAAAGAGUGCUUCAUUUUCAAAAAAGGUAGCAGAGGAUCCAGACAAGGACUACAUCAUCCAAACAUCAGUAAACAAUCUUUGAUAUCUACAAUGAAACACGUGUUUGUAGAUUGUGUCAAAUAUGCACAGUCGUUGCAAACGUUUUUUGACCAUUCCAAUGAACAUGAAAGUUUAUUCAACUUUAUCAACACAAUGGUACCAGAAAUAAUAUCCAGUAUAGGAAAUAGAACUAUCCCUCUUCAUAUUCUUGGUGUGGGAAGUGGUUCAGGUGAAUUAGAUUUAGAAAUCCUUUCAAAAAUAAAAGAGGAAAAGCCUGAUACACCGAUCCUUAAUGAGGUGCUUGAGCCAAAUUCAGAGCAAAUAAAGCUCUUUAAAGAGCGUAUAGCAAAUGCACCAAAUUUUAAGAAUGUUAAAUUCAUGUGGCAUCCAAAAACAACAGAAGAGUAUAAGCAAGAUGUGAAGAUAGACAAUGGGCUAAGAAAAUUCGAUCUUAUUCACAUGAUCCAGAUGAUAUACUAUGUAAAAGACCCAUAUGCCACAGUUAAAUUCUUCAUGAGCUGUCUUGCACCUAAAGGAAAACUUGUUAUAAUUCUCUUGUCAAGAGACAGCCAUUGGAAUGCAUUGUACAGAAAACAUGAAUCCCUGCUACAGCCAAAUGAAGGAUUUACUUUGGACUUACAUUCUGAAGAUAUUAUAAAUGUUCUUGAUUCAAUGUCAGCCAAGUAUCAAACAUACAAAAUUCCCAGUGAAGUAGACAUAACUGAAUGUUUUCUUGAAGGAAGUAAGAAUGUAAAAGGUGUGUUGGACAUAUUGACUGAAAUACAUGACUUUACUAAUACAGCUCCACCUGAGUUAAAAGAGCAAAUAAUGUCUGAUUUAAGAAGCCCUGAGUUUAGCUUUGAAAAUGAUGGAAGAAUAUUUGUUACCACCGACCUCGUAGCAAUAGUGGCUGAAAACCGGUAAAGAAAGAAAACUACAACUCAAUAUGUUGUGAUCUGAACAUUUUGACACUGCAGUUUUAAUUUUUUUUUUUAUACAAAAAUAUAUAUACUUAAGUUUGAUUUUAUAGGAACAGUUUACUAGGCUUCUGUUGUAUCAAUAUAAAAUAACUAACUAAAAACUAUCACAUUACUGCAAAAUAUUUGAAAUAAAAAAUAAUAAAAUAAUA